AUGGACCGAGACAAGUCGCCCACGCACCCUCACCAAAUCCACACCGAAAUCCCUCCCGCCCCCUACGGCUACUACUCGCGCACUGCCAAUAGUACGCCCAUCUCCUCGCCCGGGCUCUUCAGCCCUUCGAAUCCGCGCCCGCAGAUGGCCUUUCCCGUCACCUCGGCCUCCGAUGCGUCCACCCCAGUGGCCGGGUCUCUCGUCAGUCCCUUCUUGCAUCCGCUGCAGAACCACAGAGUGCGAGAGACCAACAAAGCCCUCGUGGACCUAGAUCUUAUGACCGGACGAAAGAUUAUCAACCAGUACGAAGUCAUCGAGGAGAUCGGCCGCGGUGUGCAUGGCAAGGUCAAGCUGGCUCGCAAUCUGGAGAACGGGGAGAAUGUCGCCAUCAAGAUCGUCGCCCGCUUUUCCAAGAAGCGGCGUCUGGGCAAGGUUACGACUGCCCUCUCCCCCCAAGACAAGACGAAGCGCGAGAUUGCCAUCCUGAAAAAGAUUCGACAUCCCAACGUGGUCGCCCUGCUGGAGAUCAUUGACGACCCAGAGCUUAAGAAGAUCUACAUGGUUCUGGAGCAUGUCGAGCUAGGCGAGGUUGUAUGGCGCAAGAAGGGCCUUCCGUGGGUGUGUGCAUUCGAGCGCCGCCGUGUAGAGAAGGAGAUGCGCGGCGAGGUAAACACCGAGGAGGAAGAGCAGUACUUGCAGCUCAUGGACAGACGACACGCGAUCAACGAGCUGAAGAGGGCAAAGAUGCAGCAGAAGCAGGCAGGCGCCGACGACUUCUGGAGCAUCGAAUAUGGUGCCGCCAACGACGAACCCGGCUCACUGCCCCGUACUCUUUCCGGCGACGACUACGCCCUGCUUCGCCAGCAGCAACAAGAUAUGCCCCUUUCCGGAUCCUACGAAGGGUCCCGAGCGACGUCCCGAGCGCCGUCGCGGAAAGCCUCCAUGAAGGAGCUCUCGCCCUCCUCCAGGCCACAUCCUAUCGACUCCGAGGUCUCCUCCGUGGAUGCCGAGUACUCUAGUGAUUUGGAAACGCCUGGUCCGCUGCACUCUCAGCCCGGCUCGUCGACCAACUUGGACACCAUCUUACCUGAGGACGCCAUGUUUCGCGGGAGAUCACCCAGUAUGGCCGACUCAAUUAUCUCGCACAUGUCGUCGGUUGACUUCAACAAUCAAUCUCACGACCCCUUUGCCGAUGACUACUCCUACGUCCCGUGCUUCGCCAUCGAGGAUGCCCGGUCCCUUUUCAGGGAGACAGUCUUGGGCCUCGAGUAUCUUCACUAUGAAGGAAUUGUGCACCGGGAUAUCAAGCCCGCGAACCUCUUGUGGACCAAGGAUCACCGUGUCAAAAUUGCCGACUUCGGCGUCUCCUAUUUCGGCCGCCCGAUUCGUGAUGGCGAAACAGACGAAUUUGUUUCCGAGUCAGAGGCCCGUGACUUUGACGACGACCUGGAGUUGGCCAAGACGGUUGGCACGCCAGCUUUCUUUGCCCCCGAGUUGUGCUACACCGACUUGGACGACGGUGAGAAACAGCCGAAAAUCUCCGAACAAAUCGACGUGUGGUCCUUGGGCGUCACGCUUUACUGUCUCAUAUACGCACGCAUCCCCUUCAUGGCUGAAGAUGAGUUCCGAAUGUUUCAGAAGAUCGCCAAAGAGGAUGCCUACAUUCCUCGCAGGCGCCUGAAGCCCGUCGAUCCUCAAACCAACCCUUCGUCCACGUCGCUCUACAAGCGUACAAACAGUGCGCCAUAUCGCGACGAUAAUGAGCUGAUUUACGAAGAAGUUGACGACCUUCUAUAUGAUCUGCUACGAAGGAUGUUGACGAAGAACCCCGACAAACGCAUUAGGCUGCGCGAGGUGAAGCGACAUCCAUGGGUAGUAGAGGGCAUCACUGACCUCAUGGCCUGGAUUGACGACACGGACCCAUCCCGGCAGACAUCAGGUCGGAAGAUCCAGGUCGACGAGCGUGAAAUUACACGUGCCGUUGUUCCGCUCACCUUCCUCGAGAGGGCUCGUUCAGCCGUCAAGAAGGCUGUCGGCAAGGUCAUUCCUCAUCGGCCAGCUGAGAGCCAGACCAGAAGACGCGCCAACAGCAGUGCGGCCAGCUCGGCAGGCGAAAGUGUGACGACAGCUUCGUCUCACCCGAACCUCCGUGAUGCCCGCAGGAAGAGUCUGCGCGGGGACGAUUACUUUGUGGCUAGCGAACACCCCCUUACCCAGAGUGUGACGGCUAGCCCACUGGGAUCGCCAAUGGAGGAGGAGGCAUCAAAAGAGUACAACGAUGUGUCACAAGAAUCGACUAUGGUAGGAGGAAACUUGAGCAGCCGAACAAACAGAUCUGCCACCGAUUUUAACGCACACCCAGAUCUCACGAAUCGGCCGCCGUCGCGGAUGUCAACUUCAUCUAGCAAAGCGGUUUUCACGCAGCAAAGUCACUUGCGCACCCGUUCGAUCACCAACCACUUCUUAGCAUUGACACCUUCUUUGCACACAUCACACACAACGCCGCCUACACCAGCCGCCGACGCUCCUUGCAGUGAUCCCAUGGCUUCUCUCCUGAGGAAAUCCCGUGAUAUUGGACCACUUGACGACAGUUCGCGCUCACGUUCCGUGGACCGAGGGCUCUUCGCCAGUCAGGACAAACGUGCCGAGGCCAAAGUUUCCCUAAGCACCGCUGUCGCUCCGGGCAACGUGGAAUUGCCACCUCGGAGGCCUACUCCCCUCCGACCGGCAGAAGACGGCUCUAAAGUUGACCAGACUACGCUACCUUCUCCAAUGUUCUUCUCACCCAAGGCUGUGCGGACUUAUCAUCAACAUGAUGAGCCAAAACCAGAUUUGAUUAGCCUUCACGAGCGGCAAUAUUCACUUCCUGACCUUGACGAUCGUCCUCUUACUGCGCAGCGCGUGCUCCUCAUGGAAGGCAAGACACCACCACCGAGGAUCUACAAGCCUUCGACCCCUGAGUCUUUUGCUCGCGCACAAGAGCAAAAUUUGCGUCGCCAGCAGCGUCAAGAUGACGAACAAGCCAAAAGACAACAGCUUAUUGCGUCACGUACUGAAGAGGCGGUGGAUCCAGCCCAUAUCCCAUGUCCACCGUCGCCUGACGAUGAGAUUGCACUGGAGAAAGAAAAGCCGCCAGCACCGUCACGGCGUGAUACCUCUGGCACCGUCAUUACCUGGAGCUCAUCUGUUGGAAACCUCACGACGCCUUUGACAAGCCCGAGUGAUGUGACAAGUCCGGUCAACAUCAACCUCGAAGGGAGGAAGGGAAGUUCUCAGAUAUUCCGGUCAGAUCCUUCGCUGCCCGCUUUGCUCAGUGGUGCCAGCUCGGUCUCAGCUGACGCGGAAGGUGACUUUCUCUUACGUCCUGGCUCCAUUGACAGACCCUCUCUGAUUGAGACUACGGAUUCUCUUACACCCCCAGCGUUUGAAAAGGAGCCCAUCGCAGGGUUCCCGCUUGAAGCAUUGGAGAACGACGACAGCGCAGUCCAGCUACAUCUAGCCUCCGCUCUUCACGGCCAGAACGCGUCUGCGAUGUACUCCUCGAGGGCAAUCGAAGACGAUGACAGCAGUGACAGCGACGAAGGUUUGGUCAUGGCGAAGUCCAAAAGAAAGGCGCCACUCAAAGAUCAGACGGGCCAGACGCUUGGCAGAAUCGGCACUGUUGCUAAGCGCAGAGACACGCAGACCAGCGUUGGAAGCACUGAGACUGCAAAGAAAAUUAUGGUACAUGGCGAAUAA